GCUACUGUCAAAAAAUUGUUUCCCUCUUUUCCGUUUUCUCGUUAGAACAAGAUAACAAGGAAUAUUAAUUGAUUUUAGCUAAAAUUUACCAAUCAAUUCGUAAAACUACUAAAUAAAUCAUGUCAUCAGAUGUGUCAUACAACGAAAUACCUAGUGGCGACGAAAAUUCUGAGAAUAAUCCCGGAAACUCUUCUCGAGAAUCGCCAGAUGACUCAUCCCAAGAAUAUUCAGAGUCGUCAAUAUUAACAUCCGACAAAGAAUUCGGUCCUGAAACAACACGGCCGAAUGAAGUUGAUGAUUUGGUUGAAUUGCCGGUGGCAUGGGUCCCUACGUUUAAGGAAAGAAUUGGAAAACUGAUAGGUCGCUUACUGAAUGACUCCCAAAAGUUUUGUGUCAGCGGUAAAAUGACUGCACCGCCGAUAGUUAGCAUUUCACUUCCAAAGGUCAAGAAAUUCAUCUCGUUUCCACUGUACGAAGAUAUGUUAGCCUUCAUAAUUCCUGCUUUUGAGCAGUCAGCAUUCGGCCGAGGUACAGAAACGAUUGUGGACACAACUUUUCGAAAUUCUUGGGAAUUGAGUAGCACGGAUUUCGAGAUAAUGAACACGGGAUGGAAUUCAUAUUUAAUCGAUGUACUAAUGCCGCUACUUCAACAAGAUCUACGUCUCGAAGUUGGGUUUCGGUUGUCCUUGUACAAAUUGUUGCUGUAUAAAACUGGGUCAUUCUUCAAGCCACAUCGUGAUAGUGAAAAAGAUGCUGGGAUGUUCGGCACGGUGGUGAUUCAAUUACCGUCAAUUUACGAAGGCGGAAAGCUGAUAGUUCGGCACAACCAUAAAAUGGAAGAAGUCGACAAUAGUUCGGCCACGACUUCACAAAAUGGAUUCUGCAUUUUCUACACGGCAUUCUACUGCGACUGUGAGCAUGAAGUUCGGCCGGUUACAGGAGGCGUUCGGGUUUGUCUGGUGUACAAUCUUGUGCUAACUGGUGAAACACAGACGAAAUCUUUUCCAUCAGCUGCACGAUUGGAGCGUGAAAGUCGGGAGGCUGAUCUAGUGGAUCUCCUUAGGAGUUCGUGGUCGACCGACAGGAAAUUAGUUUAUUGUUUAGCACACAAGUACAGUCAGAAGAGCUUGUCGCUACACAACUUAAAAAGUACCGACCGUUUACUUGGCCAAUUUUUCUUAAAAUACGCUGAUUCAUGUGGAUUGAAAGUCAUGAUUGGUUUUUUAAAACGAAAAAAGUAUCGAUAUGCCGAAGCUGUGCCUCGGAAGGUAUCACCACGCCCUCGUCGUGAGCCUAAUUACAUGUACCAAUAUAACUUGGAAAAUGGAUACGAAUACCUUAAUUGGAAUUAUAACAGCUACGAUGAUGACCAGGAUGACAUUGCCACAAUUUCAGAUGUCGAUUCAAAUGAUCCGACGGUAAAUUUUUACGAUGAUUAUAAACUCAAACAUCUAAAAUCGCUCGACCAAGAGCAGCACAGUAAUCUCCCAUCACUAUACGUUGAUUUUGAGGGGGAGGUCCUACCCGAAAACAGUUUUCAGGACAUUAAAGCAUUCCAUGAGGAUCAGAACGAGACCGGAAACGAGGGUGUUCAAUGUUCGAAAUUUUAUCAAUGUGCAGCAAUUGUGGUUUUUCAUCGCGAUGAUUUGGUGCCGGUCUUGGUGCAGGGCCACGCUAAGCUAGCUAAGAUUGAAGAAACAUUUCUAAAGGAAUUCAAUAAGCAGAAGGACAACCUCACUAACGAGAAUAUUAAAGAGAAGUGUUUAAAAUGGAGUCACGCCACGAUGGACACGUUUAUUAAUUCGUCUUAUGGUGAUAAUGUGAUGCAAAAAUGGUCGGAAAUGUUUGAAAAUUUUCUGAUGUUGGAUAACAUUGAACUGUUGCAGAAGUUCUUGAAGAUUCAAAAGUUUGAAGAGGGUAAUUUCUCGUAUUUGUACAGAAUUUGCCAGAAGCAUGGUUGGAAUGCGUUUUCUGCAGAUAUCAAAACAAGAUUCGAGAAACUAAGAGCGGAACAGAGAAUCAUUACUUUGCAAAAAAUUAUCGAUUACGAGGAUACUGCAACGUCUGAUGAUACUGAACGGCAAACUAUUAUUCACAGCUUGAUGAACGAAACAUUAAAAAAAUUCGAACACGAACUAAAACAUCCACCUCGCGAACCAUGGCAUCGAUAUUCACCGAGACCCCUGAAAAAAGACCAAAUAACGGAAAAAACACGAAAAUUUUUAAUUUCAUUGUGGCCACUUGCAAACAGAAUUAGUUUCCAGCCUCUUGUCGACUAUGCAAAAUCGAAAUCGAUGAAUAUCGCUGUGCCCGCGCUGAUUUCCGUCGCAAAAAAUGAUGAAAAUAUUCGCAACGAUCUCUGGUUAGACGUUGCGGACCAUUUCAAAUUGAAAAUGGAGAUUAUUCUAAAUGAACCGGUCGAGCCGACGUUUACGUGGAAACAAAAUGUUAACCUACAAUGUCGUUGCAAGGAUUGUCAGUUUGUUGAAGAGUUUCUGCAACGGCCUUUCCAGCAGACUUUGGAUUUUUUCGGAAAGAAGCCGAUAAGGAAUCAUGUGCAACAAACGAUUGUUGGGCUUGCAGACUUAAAUAUUUUUACCACUAAUUCUGGUGUGUUACGCAUAAAGAAACUAAGAAAAACUGGCGAGGUUCAGUCAGAGGAGCGAAACUUUGUGUCGUCCAAUCUAUCAAAAAUUACUUCGCUGAUGGCAGCUAAAGCAGCUAAAUAAAUCGAGACUUGUGCGUCUUUAUCUGUUAAAUUUUUAUGUCUUUUUCCUAAAAAAUUGUUAAAUAAAUUUAAUUUUUCAUUUUAUUAA